AUGGCAGGGAAAGAAGGCAUACGCCCCGAUGAAGCAAAAAUAGUAAAAAUGACUAUAGAACAAAAAAGAAAAUUAGCUGAUGAAGCAAAUAGAAUUAGCGGUUUGAAUAAUAAAUUUUCCGAUUUGAAUUCUGAUUUGAAUAAGUUGACAUUUGGUUUGAGUCUUUUGAAUCCCAAUUCGAAUAAUGGGACAUUCGAUUCCGCAGCCACAAGUGAUAAUUUUUCUAAUUUGAAUCCCUAUUUGAAGGAGGGUAAACCCGAUGUUAUUCCGAGGCAUUCGGCCACCGAUAAUGUCGAUGAUAAUUUCAGCAGAAUUAAGUAUUCUGAACCUGUUAUCACUAUUGGAAAAGCAUUAAAUGAAAUUUCUGAGUUCAUAUCAGUGCAUUCGACCAUUUCCCAAAAACCUUCAAUUACCGAGUACUCUGAAGCAGGACAGUUGUUCUCAAAACUUAAAGAAAGGAAAGAUGUCAUUGAUUUCAUACUAUAUUUACAGAAUGUAUAUGCUGUGGGACCAGAUUUUCAAAAUAAUUAUUCUACACUAUUAGAUGUAAAAGACAGCCACAACAGUUACGGUGGUGGUCUGAAUGAGUCAGUAAAUAAAACUAGCAACGUUAAUGACACAUCUAUCGAAACUGUGGAUAAAAAGUCGCAAUGUUUCAACAUUACUGCCAAUCUCUGGUCAAGCAUAAAACAUGAUUCUAAAUAUAAAGAUAUGAAAAACUUGGAAUUUAUGGUAUAUUUGGAAAAUUGCAGCGUGGAAUAUCUUCUCAGUAAUCAAAGUCCGUCACUUUGCGGGUUUAUUUUUACUAUCUCGAUUCAUUGGACAUUAAUGUCAUUCCGAAAAAAAUUACACCCAAAUACAAUGGCAAAUCAUCAGAGCCUAAUUAUGAAUCGUCUAUGCCAAUUGAUGGAUCAUUAUCACUGUGAAUCAAUUGAGCUCAAUUAUGAAGCACUCAAUAUCAAUAAUGAGUCAUAUGAAUCUGUAGAUGAAUUUCCUAUGAUUAUGUUGAAAGAAAGCCAUGCACCUUUUAAUUCUAAUAGUUUUAUAAGUAUAUCUAAAGUAAAAGAAAAUACAGAUGGAGGCGGGAAUACCUCAAGGUUUGAAAAUGGCAUUUGGCUACGAUGUGAAAGGUAG